CAACAAAUGAAACUAUGCUUAGGGAUUGCAUAAGGAAACCAUACUAAUUUGUGCCAUGGAACCGUCUCUUGCUUUGCUCAUAGGGAGUGGCAUGCACUACUUGUCUUAAACACUCCCAAGGUAGAAACAGUCCAAAUAACUGAGUCCUUCUCCUCGCUCUUGGGAUAUAGAGCAUCAAAAAGAGCCAUCUGAAUUUGUAUAAGUUAUGGGGAACGAGCAAGAAACUAGUUCCAAAAAUUGCCAUUUACAACUUUAAAAACUCUGGCAAAUAAGUACAAACUCGAGUCAAGAACAAUUUUAUCUCCAUAUGUUGUAAUUAAUGGCCAUUGCUAGUAAUCAUGCCAUAAAAAUAUAUCAAUGCCAUUACCAGGUCUAUAUAAGCGGCCUAUGACCCUUAGGUCCUCCCAUCUUUUUUGCAACUAAAAAGCACUUGUGGAAAAAAAAAAAAGAAAUGGAGAAGAAGAUUUCUACUUACCUUUUCAGCUGCAUCAUCUUCUUUGUUGCUCUUGUCCUGCUUUCUUCCCCAGUUACUUCCCAAGAAGUUGAGGAUGAAAGUGAGUUUGAUUAUAACAAAUAUGGCGAAAGGGGACCAGAUAGAUGGGGAGAACUUAAGCCAGAAUGGAGUGCAUGUAGCAAUGGAAAAAUGCAAUCUCCUAUUGAUUUGCUGAAUGAGAGAGUUGAAGUUGUUUCCUAUUUAGGGAGGCUUAAGAGGAGCUACAAGCCCUCCAAUGCUACUCUCAAGAACAGAGGCCAUGACAUGAUGUUGAGUUUUAAAAGUGAAGCAGGAAGUAUAGAGAUUAAUGGAACUGAAUAUGAACUCAAACAGAUGCAUUGGCACUCCCCUUCUGAGCACACUCUUGAUGGAUUUAGGUUUGAUUUGGAGUUGCACAUGGUUCAUGAAAGCCAGGAUGGCAGGGCCGCUGUUGUUGGCAUUAUGUACAAGAUUGGAAGGCCAGAUUCUUUCUUGUUAUCGUUGAGAGAUCAGUUAGAAAAAAUUACUGGCACCAGUGAGAAAGAAACUCCUGUGGGAGUGAUUGAUCCGCGGGAAGUAAAGAUAGGCAGCAGGAAGUAUUACAGAUACCUUGGAUCUCUUACAACUCCUCCUUGUACUGAAAAUGUUGUCUGGACCAUUGUUAGAAAGGUGCGAACUGUAACAAAGGAGCAAGUGAGACUGUUGCGUGUUGCGGUUCAUGAUGACUCGAAUACUAAUGCAAGACCACGACAACCAAUAAAUAUGCGAACAGUGCAACUUUACCGACCAAAUGAAAAGGAGAAUUAUUAGUAUAUGUGGAGUUUUUUCAGCCCCAGAUGUCAUCUUCCCUUUUCUUGCUAUAUCUGUGUCAUGAUAGCUCUGCGCACUGAGGAGAGAUAUUUUAUAUAUGUUAUAUAUUUAUGCAUUGAUUCUUCAAUGAAACAUUUUCUAUUGU